CAGCUCGGUGCCAAGCCAAGCCAAUCGCUCAUCCAGCGAACCCACCCCACCUCUGAGAAUCCGAUCUUUUGAUCUCAGUUCGAACUAGCUCGCUGAUCUCGCGCCGCGGACGAUCAUGGGGAUUGUGCUGGGAAAGAUCACCGUGGAGAUGCCCAAGCACGAGGUGGUCCACACCGGCGCAGGCUACGAGGUCCGCAAGUACCCGCCGUGCGUCGCCGCCGAGGUCACCUACGACCCCGCGGAGAUGAAAGGCGACCGCGACGGCGGGUUCACCGUCCUCGCCAACUACAUCGGCGCCCUCGGCCGCCCGCAGAACACCAAGCCCGAGAAGAUCGACAUGACGGCGCCGGUCAUCACCUCCGGCGAGCCCGAGAGUAUCGCCAUGACGGCGCCGGUCAUCACCUCUGGCGAGCCCGAGAGUAUCGCCAUGACGGCGCCGGUCAUCACCAAGGCCGGCGAGCCCGAGCCGGUGGCGAUGACCGCACCGGUGAUCACGGCCGACGAGGGCGGUAAGGCUGGGGGCAAGAUGAUAAUGCAGUUCCUGCUGCCGUCCAAGUACAGCAAGGCGGAGGAGGCUCCGCGGCCGACGGACGAGCGGGUGGUGCUGCGGGAGGUGGGGGAGAGGAAGUACGGGGUGGUGAGGUUCAGCGGCCUGACCGGCGACAAGGUGGUGAAGGAGAAGGCGGAGUGGCUCAAGGCCGCGCUGGAGAAGGACGGGUUCGCCGUCAAGGGCCCCUUCGUGCUGGCGCGCUACAACCCGCCGUUUACUCUGCCGCCGCUGCGCACAAACGAGAUCAUGAUACCUGUGUAGGAUCGAAAUGUAUCACAGGGGUGAAUGGUAGGUACAACCAAAACCCAAAAAUCUUUUAGCGGAAAUAAAAGAUUAUCUCUGUCAAAGAAUAUCUUGAUUGUCUCGCUCCUAUGCCACCGCUAUCUUGAUCGCGCCGCUCCUAUGCCGCCGAUCAUAUCGUCAAAAUCCAAAAACUCACCAGCGCCGAUCAGAUUGUCAGAAUUCAGAAAAUCACUUGACUUUAUUGUAUCAACUAGAAUUUACAAAGCGCACCAAUAACGC